AUAUUGACAAACCAACUUCAUCUUCAUCUUCAUCUUCAUCUUCAUCUUGUUCUUAGUCUUGAUCUUGGUCUUUUUGAAGGUUGAGAAAAGGUUAAAGAUGGAGGGGCAUCACUGCAUAGGUAUGCUUGAGAUAGCUGAGAUCUAUUUCAACACAUCAUCAGAGAACUUGAAGCAACUGCCAAGAGACUUUUUCAAUUCAAUGGAUGAAGACCACGAUGAAAAAGUAAGUCUGAGUGAAUUCUUCAACAACAUGAAGGAGGGAGGACUCGUAAAAGCGGAAAAUCCACCAGAAAUGUUCAAACUGCUCGACGUGAACCGUGAUGGAAGUUUGGAUUUCAAGGAGGUGGUGGCUCUGUACUACGUUAUUAAGAGUGGAAGACCGUUCUGUGGAGGAUGUGGUAAGUUCAUACCAGGGAUGUUCUUCAGUUGUUUGAUAUGUUUCGACAAUGAAGACGACAAGUUCUGCGUUUGCCCCAAGUGUUUUACCAAUGAAAAUAAAAGUUACAACCACAAACAUAUGCCUGACCAUUUCUUGGAUAACUUUGCUCUGCUUGAAGCUAAGAGAAAGAUGGCUAUCGAUACCAGAAAGCCACCUGCUCCCCUGGAAGAGCCUAAGAAAAAGUCGACUUUGCUGCUCAGAUUACUCGAGUCAGAGAUUGCGGCCGUGGCUGGUGCUGAGGUUGUGGCUGUUUCUGGCGCUGCGGCUGCGGCUGACCUUGCGGCUGCGGCUGCUGACAGCUGUAGUAUUAUGUGAGAGAAUGCAAACCAAUUUGCUUUUAAUUUCCACAAGUUUAUAAAUAGAAUAAUGAUAUAUGUACUAAUUAAUGUAUCAAUUAAUGAUGUGACAUAAUUUAAGAAAUUUUUGAUA